CUUGGUGAUUUGAUUUUUUGAAGCAUGAAAGCAACCAGAACUUAACGUGUCUGAAGACUUGUGAUUUUUUUUUAAAAAGGAAACUUGACCGAGGAACAUAUUUAUAGUCCAAGUAAGUACUUUACACAGGAAAUUUACAUUGUGUAAUUAAAAAACAAAAAAGAAAGAAUUUUGAGAUUUUUAGUUUAAAGUCCAUUGGAUUAACGUUCAUCUAAGGCUGUUGAGCAAAUCAUUUUGAAUUGCAGUUUUUACAGUAUAUGUUCUUCAGCUCCUUCAUUCACAUGUGUUAGUUCAGCACCUAGGGGAAAUAUGCACUUGGCUUUGAAUAAGUAUGAGAUUUUAAAUACAUAUAUAUAUUUAUAUAUAUAUAUAUCAGCAUCAAGAAGAAAAUGUUUCUAAAAUAAAUAUAUAAUAAAUAAUGUGCUUCUGGAAAUAAAAUACUUACAGCAUUUUAAAUCUAUUUAUACUGUGCAUCUCAAACCGAGAAGACGAAAGUACCUCUGAGACCUGAGAGCUCCUCAUACCAUCAUGAAUGAAACCGCAUCCAAUACAAUAACUGGAUUAUAAUUUUUUGGUGGUAUUAUUAUUAUUAUUGGCUGCUUUACUUUUUUGGGUUCAUCCUGCUCCUCUUCUUCCUCUCUCCCUCCUCUUUGCUGCUCCCUGUUGGAAAUUAUGGCUCAUCCUGGGAGAAGAGGCUAUGAUAACCGGGAGAUAGUGCUGAAGUACAUCCAUUACAAACUGUCACAGAGGGGAUAUGAUUGGGCUGCCAAUGAAAACAGAGGACCAGUUUCUCCAAAUCUCUCUCCCCCUACUGUUGCUGGGACCUCAUCUGACCAUGCUGGGCUGGUGUCUCUGCCUCCUGAGCCCCCUGGCUCGGCUGCUGCUAGUAACGUACCCCUUGGUGAUGGGCUGCGCCCAGCACCGCAGGCUGUUCUCUUGACUCUGUGCCAAGCUGGAGAUGAAUUUUCCCGCCGCUACCACAGAGAUUUUGCCCAGAUGUCUGGCCAGCUGCACUUGACCCCAUUCACGGCCAGGGGGCGCUUUGUGGCGGUGGUGGAGGAGCUGUUCCGAGAUGGGGUUAACUGGGGAAGGAUCGUGGCCUUCUUUGAAUUCGGUGGCGUGAUGUGCGUGGAGAGUGUUAAUCGGGAGAUGUCGCCUCUUGUGGACAGCAUUGCUGUGUGGAUGACCGAGUACCUGAACAGACACCUACACAACUGGAUCCAAGACAACGGAGGCUGGGAUGCCUUUGUGGAAUUGUACGGCAGCAACAUGAGGCCUUUGUUUGAUUUCUCCUGGAUCUCUUUGAAGACUAUCCUAAGUCUGGCUCUGGUGGGAGCUUGCAUCACCCUUGGCGCUUAUCUGGGACAUAAGUGAAGUCAACCAUCUAACCAUGGAUUACAAAAGUCUUACGAAACAAUAAAAUAAUAUGUUUUUUCCAGUAGCACAAUUAUAUUAGUUUUAUGAGCAGAAGUUCCUGGCUAAAUAUAAAUCAGCUAUUACUGCCAAAGGGAAGUAUCAUUUAUUUUUUACAUUGCAGGAAACAAAGUUAUUUAUUAAAAGAUAUUUACAUUUAACUUGCUAUUUUCAGAAACUCUACAAACAAUUUAUAUCCGAGUAUCACAUAAUAUUGUUAUGAAUUGUAAUGAGCCCCCAACACCUUGAGCUUUUUUUAUUUUUUUAAAUAAAUUAAUGCAGCUGGAUGGAUUAAAUAUACUGACAAAGACCUACCUGCUUUCUCUUGGGGGAGCAGUUACUUGGGCUGCUUCAGACUGUGUAAUUGUGUUGAUUUUACUACAAUUUCUCACAGAUCCAAGGAGAUGGGAUCCUAAAAAAAUCAGAGGGAGUGAAGUUAGAAUUAUUUCCAGCUGGCAAGUACUGACAUUAGUAUACAAUUCAAUAUGGUACAUACUUGGUGUCAGAAUAGCAACUUCUCGAAGGACAGCUAUCUAUAGGAGUCUCCUGGCAGGACAACAGUUUGAAAUACGAUUGCAUAUAUUUUAUGAAAGUAUUUUUAAGUUACCAAAUUGUGCCAAUACAUCAUAAUCAUAACAGUAUCAUCUGAUACCUUAAAAGGAUGAUAUGUCAAUUCAGAUACUCUUUAUGAGCGCAUGAAAUGAAAUCCUUUGGACAUGCAAGAAAUUACUGUUUCAAUGAUUUCCUCAGCAGUAAAAUGUCUUUUACAGCUACACACACAGAAACCGUGAGACCGUCAGUGCCUGCCUCUACAGAGCACAGCUGGAGGCUGGAGUCCUGACUUGUGUCCCAUUUUAGUGGGCUCAUAUCUGCAACUGAUCCUGUUUACUUGCUGAGCUCCUCUAGGGUUUUGAAACCAAUUAAGUUUGGUCUCUAAAUCCCUGAAAGUUGAAAAAGGUUUAAAUUUAUUUGGCAAGAAACAGACCUCAUCUGAGUUCCAGAUUAGCUCGAACUAUGCUUGUUUAUCAAACUGGACACCAAAAUCACAUUCAUUUUCAUAACAAAGAAGUCAGAUGACCUGUAUUCUUUCCCCCAUUUCACCCCCACCCCCAGCCAAAGUAUUUCAUGCUAAUAAUUUCUUAAGACUUUCUACAGAAAUAAAGAAGAUGAAGAAAUUGUCCUAAUCCUCUAGCUGGACAGAGACUCACUGACAUCCAGAUUCCUUAGAUGCCUAUUGUCAUUUCAGGGGAGAAUAAGGAGGGGGAAAGGAUGGACUGAGUAGGCUUCUUGAAUAAUAAAUGUAAUUUAAAUAAGAUUAAUUCAGAAUACUUAAUAUACAGCUUUAUAACAACUGCAUAAAUCCUGGAACCAUAUAUCUUAGACAUGUCAACAUACUUUAAGGUGGGCUUUAACAAGCUUUUGGCUUCUAUGAAUUCCACCUUAAAAACCUCUAAGUCAAGUGUUUUUAUUUUUUUACUAUGAAACUGUCAAAAUAUGAACUUUGUGGCUAAAUGUACAUCCAGGGACAAGUUAGAAAGCUCUGGAUAAAAGGACAGGAACAACAUACAAGUACUUUCAGAGUGAAAACAAUACAAUGAAAAACUAUGCAGACUCAACCUUGAGAUUUCAAUAAUAUAACUUUGUGGCAUUAUAUGCAAAAUAUCUGCAGUAAUUUAGGAAUGUAAUAUGUUCAUUGUUAAGGCUGUAAUUGAUGUGAUUUCUUCAAAGCUGCUUUUUUUAGAUUUGUGCAUCUCAGCAUUUUUAUUGCUAUUUAGUCAUGGCACCUACACUUUCUAUGGGCAAAGAUUGAGUGAGCGUUGCAUUUCAAAUUUGAAAUUAUUUUAAUUUUACAGAAACAUUUAAUGGAACUAAUGUUUCUAAAGCAAAUGUGAUCUGUUUUUAAACUCUGCUGAGUAAAAACACCUGAAAUGUCAAAACUGUAUGCAUUUGUGCAAGGCACUUAUGAAAAAUAUUUAAAAAUAAUAGGGAACCACAUAUUAGGAAUUGAAUGUGGUCUUGGUUUUUCCACCUAGCAGGUUUAAUUUAUGGAAAGCCAGGUACAAAGCUGAACUAGAAUUGGCACUGUACUAAUGUUUCAAUCCACAUUUCACAAUCUAGUCUUCAUUUCAGUUUGUGCCCAUUAACCCCCCAUUAAAAAUAAUGAAUGAUUUGACCUUGAACUUUUUCAAUGUUGAAUUGUUAUGGUUUACAUUAUCAAAAAAUAUAAAAAGAGUAACUAUAAAUUCCUGUGCUGCUAUACUACCAAGAUAAUUUGGAUAGAGUUUAUUUUGGACUAUCCUCCAGUGGCAAGAUUUUUUCAAAGCUGCUUUAGAUGUAAUAUGAAGUAGUCACAUUACAGAGAUGAUUAUGUAGAUGCUGCCAAUUUGUGUUCUGUUGUAUCUAUUCACUGGGAUUCCCAGCAUAUUAGUUAAUAAGUUAAAAGAGUCAAGGCAACUGUUAAUGGUUAUUUUAUUAAACAGAUAAUGGAGCUUUCCCAUUCUGACUGCAGAAUUGUACAAUAUUGUGGCUGCAUUAGCUGUAAGUUGAUGAUGCAUUUAUUAUUAAUCACCAUACUAGAAACAUUGAAUGUAUAUUAAAGCUUGAACUUGUUUAAAAAAAAUCUCCCCCUCAACCCUCUUGCGUUCCCAGUGAUUCCUGUCACUUCCAUUUUCUUUGUUACCGUCUGAAACAGAACUUUCCCUACAACAUGCAAGGCCUUACUAUCAUGCUCCAAAACUACAUUUCAGUUAAAAAUCACUUCUUCUGUCACCCCAAUCCGUCCUGUUGGUAAUCUAUAAAAAGAAGCUAAACAUAUAAAUAGUUGCACUUCUAAAGUUACUCGGCUGUGGAGAACCAACGGACAACACGGGAAGAGGUGUUAAGAAGUGUAGAGAGGAGAUAGAUCAUUGAUAUAUCUCCAUGACUGAGGAUAAACGUGUCUGAGAAAUUUGGCCAUGUUUCAUCUAGGUGAAAAGAAAAAGAAUGAUAGGCAGUGAAGAUAAACAGAGCAAAAUGUUAAAAAAAUUCCCCCCAAAGCACUUAAGUAAAGCCUUGUUAAUUCUAGCAGCAAUCAUCUACAAACCAGAUCAGAUUUUUGAUGUUACUGUACCACAAUUUUUUUUUUGUCCUGUAAUUCUUUUGGGCUUUGUUUUUCAAUAAAAAAGUCUUGUUUUUUUAAACAAAGGAAAACAUCAUAAGAUCAUCUAAGAUUUGUCAUAGUUCCACAAUGCACCGAUAAGCCCCUUUGUUUUCAGUUUUAACUGAUUUUUUACCAAAAAUGUCCUGGGUUUUACAAAAAGUAU